AUGCGCAUCACAAUCGUCCCAGCCGGCCCCAAGACCUCGGCGGCAACAAUUCGGCGACUGCUUCAAGAGGCCCCGACCGACGUUGAUGUGUAUGGUAUUUAUCGAAAUCUAUCCAAAGUCCCCGCAGAUUUCGGAUUUCACGAAAAUUUCCACGCCGUAUACGGCGACGUCGAAGAUGCAUCCUCACUAGACGUCGGCGGCUCAGACGCCGUCAUGACAAGCACGCCUCCAUUUCUUACCGGAGAAGAUCCUUUUGUAAAAGCCGAACAAGUGUCUAGGAAUGUCAGGGAUGCCAUCGAAAGAGCUGGCGGAGUCAAGCGCCUCAUGCUGCUCAGCAGUCUAGGCGCUGAAUUCGAACAAGGCGUCGGCGAAAUCAAAACGAAUCAUAUUGCGGAGAAAAUCCUGCAAGAUACAAACGUCCCCGAGAUUCUCUUUGUUCGGUGUGCAUACUUUAUGGAGAAUUGGACCCUGUUCAACUGGCAAACACUCGAGGGACCUGAACCAUACUUCAACUCGGUCAUUACGCCGCUCGAGUUCCAGCUGCCAAUGGUUGCCGUAGAGGACAUUGGCUCGACCUUUGCGGCAGAGCUGCUCUCGGCUCAUGCGCCGCCGACUAAGCCCUACGUGUUUGCCUUGCAUGGCCCUAGGGAAUAUUCACCACUCGAUGUACAAGUCGCAUUUUCCAAGGCCAUGGAAAAGCAGGUUGCAGUAAAAGCCAUUGCCAAAGAUGAAAUGGCCGACUUUUUCAGCGCCAUCUUUCCGCCAAGCCUUGUGGGCAUCUGGGUGGAAAUGUCCUUGUCGUUUCUCCCUGGAGGAAUAGCUUCUCCUGGGUCUAAAGAGCUUGAGAAUCUGGAUAUAGUGCGUGGCCAAGUCGGGCUUGAAAAGGCCAUCCAAGAUGGCCUAAACUGA